UGCCCUGUUUCAAGCGCUCCAAGCUCGAAGAGCGUUAAGGCCGAACGAAGCUCCGUGUGCAAAUAGGGAACUUCCAAAAUGGCAGUUGCUUUCUAUAACCUCAACUCGGAGUCUGGCCUUAAGAAGCUCGAUGAGUAUCUGCUGACGAGGAGUUACAUUACUGGAUACCAAGCUUCAAAAGACGAUAUUACUGUCCAUGCAGCUCUUUCUGGAGUUCCUUCAUCUAAAUAUGUGAAUGUGUGUCGAUGGUACCACCACAUCGAUGCACUUCUAAGGCUAUCCGGUGUUUCUGGAGAAGGUCAGGGUGUAACAAUUGAGGGAUGUGCUCCAGAGGAAGCUAUUACAACUCCUCCAGUAGCUGAGACAAAGGCUCCAGCUGAUGAGGAUGAUGACGAUGACGAUGACGAUGUGGAUCUCUUUGGGGAAGAGACAGAAGAGGAAAAGAAAGCCGCUGAAGAACGUGCUGCAGCUGUCAAAGCAUCUGGGAAGAAGAAAGAAUCUGGAAAAUCCUCUGUUUUGUUGGACAUAAAGCCCUGGGAUGAUGAAACUGACAUGAAAAAACUUGAAGAAACAGUCAGAAGUAUUCAGAUGGAAGGCUUACACUGGGGAGCAUCUAAGCUUGUGCCUGUUGGAUACGGUAUAAAGAAGUUGCAAAUAAUGAUGACCAUUGUGGAUGAUUUGGUAUCUGUUGAUACCCUUAUUGAGGAAAGCCUCACAGUUGAACCAGCAAACGAAUACAUUCAGAGCUGUGAUAUUGUGGCAUUCAACAAAAUCUAGGGCCUAGUAUAUUCCAUAUGCACUGUGGAAGAUGAAGCAGCUG